AUAAAAAAUAAAUGCCAAAGAGUUUUAUUUGAUAAAUGAUAACACCACAUCACCAUCUUUUUACCGUCUCUGUUUACAAUGUUAUCCAUUUUCUGCCAAACCGCUCAAAGAAUCAUGGAAAUACCAACCAAACCACCCAUCAUCCAUUGUAAUGACAUCCUCGACAAGGGCAAAAGGGACAAAUCGUGAGUAUACAGUAAACUAUAGCCAUCAGAUUAAAGAACCUUGACUUUAGUUAUAAAAAAAAUGAAAAUAAAUAAUAAAACAUUUCUGUAGAAUAAAACAAAACUGAAAACUCCACUUUUUGCACCUCCUCCCCCUUGCAAACAAAAUAAAGAGAGAGAGAGUACGAUCACUGAGGAAGAUCAAACGCCCAUCACUAUAAACGUACAUCACCGGAAACACCAGUUCCUUAAAACUCUUCACUUUCCUUCCCGUUAAAAACCGCCAUGUCUGAAACCGGUUACCCUGGACACCUAAACCCAACAGCUCCGAUGUUCUUACCGGCGAACCUAAACCCAGUUCCUUUCUUUAUCCCGACAAGAAUCUACCUCCCUCUUCCUCCUCCUCCUCCACCGCCGCCUUACCCUCGUUUCUUCUCUUGUCUCGCCGGACCUCUCCCUCCCGCUCCUCCUCACCUUCUUCCGUCGUUGUCUAUACCGACAAGAACCCUAGUGCUGUUACCAGUCCCCGCUGACGUCAGCGAGUCAUCGAUUCGUCGGGACCUGGAGGUGUUCGGCGAGGUGCGUGGCGUCCAAAUGGAGAGAGCGCACGAAGGUAUCGUGACCGUUCACUUCUACGAUCUGAGAAACUCGCAAAGAGCGCUUAGGGAGAUACGCGAGCGCCACAUGCAUCAGCAACAGGUCCGUUUCGGACGUGGCUACACGGCGGCGCGUGGGCUCGUCUCGGGUAGAACCGUGUGGGCCCAUUUCGUGUUUCCACAUUUCAGGGCGGUUCCCGAGGGGAACAACCAAGGGUCGCUUGUGAUUAUGAACUUGGAACCCACCGUCUCUUCCGCAGCUCUCCGUCAGAUUUUCGAGGCUUACGGGGAAGUGAAGGAGUCAAGAGAGACGCCGUUUAAAAGAGAACAGAGAUUCGUUGAGUUUUACGACGUCAGAGAUGCAGCGUUAGCUCGCCGUGAGAUGGACGGAAAAUCAAUCAACGGGAAACCGAUCAUCGUCCAGUUUAGCCGUCCCGGUGGGUUUAACAAAAAGCUCAUCCUCGCCUCACGCUUCAACAAAAGCUUCCUUUCCAACAUUCACCAUCCACCGCCACCGCCACCGCCGCAUUUCCGUCGUCAAGUUCCAUCUCCGGCGAGUCAGUUAAGAAGACGAGGCCCGGUUAAGGGAAAACCGGUCAACCCCAGCUUCUCUUCCGGUGAUACUGACCGGUACGAGCAAAACAAGAAGCGGUCUAAGAUGCAUACGUCGAAGAAGAAUAGUAUCGUCGAUACUCGCUUCAUCAUAAGCGAAGACGCCAUUGCCGAGUCUAGAGACGGUCGUACCACCGUGAUGAUAAAAAACAUCCCGAACAAGUACACCCAGAAGCUGCUUUUGAAUAUGCUGGACGCACAUUGCAAUGACUGUAACGAAGAGAUCGUCAGCGAAGGGAACCAGAUGCCCAUGUCGUCUUACGACUUUGUCUACCUCCCAAUUGACUUCGGCAACAAAUGCAAUGUGGGAUAUGGGUUUGUGAACAUGACAACACCUGAAGCUGUGUGGAGACUUUACAAGGCCUUUCACAAUAAUCACUGGAGACUUUUCCAGUCGAAUAAGAUCUGUGAGGUCACUUAUGCUCGAGUCCAGGGUCUCGAGUCGUUGAAGGAACACUUUAAGCACUUAAAGCUGGCAAAAGUAGAAAUGGAGUACAAGCCGGUGAUUUUCUCCCCGGCGCGUGACGGGCGGUUGCUGACGGAGCCCAUCGCCAUUGUUGUUGACCCCGGGACCAGACCAGUGGAAGAUAGCUGUCCCUCUCGUGACGAAACUGUCACAUCUUGUUCGUCUUCGAUUGAGAGAAGUGAUGGUUGACGGCGGCGUUUCGGAUGACGAAGGCGAAACAGUAGUGAAGAUUUAAUGAUGGUUUCGGCUUUUAGGCGGCGAUCUAUAAAUAUGUAGCUGUAUGGAUGUCUUUUCAUCUCCUCUCUCUCUCUCUCCACUUUUCUUCUGUCUUUUUUUUUCGAACGACUUCUUUCUUUUGGAUGUUUUAUGUGUAAACUUCGUUUAGAGCAUUGACAUUAUGCCUAUCAAGCAAGGUUUAUCAAAAUAUCGAUUAUGUUAUUAUAAUUUAGUAUUGUAAUUAAAUUAUCAAUAUAAAAACACUUUAUUAUAAGAAGUUAAGCCUUUUUUAAAUGAAAUAUAAGGCCAUUUUCAUUCAGAGUUUUAGUAUUAUUAUAAUUAAAUUAUAAAUAUAGAAAACCUUAUUUUUUUUUGGUCAACUUGUAUUUUAUUAACAAUAAACAUUAAUGCAAGAGAGGCCCAACGAAAGGGCAUGCAAACAAAAGCCUAACGGUAACAACAUAGAAGUCCGAGAGACGAAAGAGUCCAAAAGAAGAACCGAUGACGAGACCUGGCGACGUGUUGAAAACGAAAGUACCGAGGGACACAUGUCAACCAAAGCCUCCUCCGUCUUCACCGACUGGAAGCCACCGCCGGAAGUAUAAUCGGCGAUCCACCGAAACAUACCGGAAACAGGAACCCGUCCAAAGAACUCCGACGACCACUUUAAUGGAAGAUGGAGAAACCUUAAGCCACAACGCCUAAGCCUUCAACAUCAAUACUUUGUUUAUCGGAGAGCAUCAAUCGACCGGAAUCGAGAGCAUAUCCAAAGACAAUGAACAUCAACCGAGAGAAGACAUAAACGUCAAACAGAUCUACGCUUCAUAGAAAGGGUUCAAUUGAAACACAAUCAAUCCAACAACCUCCGAUUUUCCUACAAACAAGCCCAAACACCUUUGUAGAUAUAAGUAAGAUUGAAGAUGAAACAACCACACCAAGGGGAGGAAAGAGACAUCGGAGGAUGGACCAAGAAUCGAUUGAACAGAGAGGAGGCGUAGAUCAAACGAAACCGGGAAAAUUUCGGGGAAAGCUGAACAACACCCGGAGAAGAAGGGUCGAAGUCAGAGUAAAAAGCCGGCCGCCUUUACCAUAGAAGAAGGUGAGACGCCAGAGUCGAUAGCCAGCCAAACGAUGCGAAGGGCGCCACCAAUGCUGGAAAGGAUUCCCAAACCAUGGGCAAAAGGAAGCCGGAGAAGAACCGGCGAUAUAAACGAGAACUCAACUCUCUCUCUGAAAGAUAUUAAGGAGAGAAGAGAGAGAGAGAGAGCUGGUUGUAGAAAACCUUAAUUCAGUAUUAUUUAAAAUUAUAAAUAUAAAACAUGUAAAAGUGAUGAGAGAUGAAAGAACGUGAGAGAUUUAUUUUUUUGUCAUAUGAGAUUUGUCUGUUAGUUAUAAUUAUUUUUUAAAAAUUAAUUACAAUAUUAUAGUAUAUUAUUAUUAAUUAUUAGAAAUUUUGGUUAAGGGUUUGAUCGGUAUUAGUGAGAGUAAAGUAAAAAAAAGUGGGAAACAGCCGGAAGAAAAAAAAAAAAAAAAGUAGAGUAAAUUAUUUUAUUUUAAUUAAACUAAGAACAAAUUUGUGCGUGUGUUUUUCCCUUUUUAAAUAGUAACAAGAGUAAAUAGGUGAAAAUAGUAUUCCAUUUGAUAGGUAUUUUUUCAGUGGGAUUUGGAAUAACAAAAAGUUGGAAGUAAACAUUUACUCUAUAAUGACCAUACGAUUGCACACUAAAACUAUAUGAAUGAUACUCUAAUCAGUUAAUUGUUUUCAAAUAUGUUUUUUAAAUGAGAAUCUUCCUUAUUUUUUUCUUAUUCAUUUAAAUAUUUGAAUGUUGAAAAACCAAGAACGAUUCUACAUAUCCUCAUGCUAUUAUAUUUUUUUCUCCUUGAAGUGUAUGGCAACUUUUUUAGAAGAGAAGAUUUAACAUUUCGAAAAAACAAUUCUGAGGAGAUAUAAUUGAGGUUGUGUGUCAUGCAAGAAGGAACCUUUGUCGUCUAAAUUAAGGUUGUGCAAAAGUAAAUUCAUUUUCUAGAUAUUUUUCUGUCUUUCUUGAUCUCGACUGUAUACAAACUAUGGGUUUGAAGUUGUUUAACGAAAAAAAGCUGGCUACCCACAUAAUCAUAUAGCGUCGUUACCCACAUAAUCAUAUAAAUACAGUUUUCCUAUAAAUGGACUCUACAUAAGUUAUAUACGCAUUAAUACCUGCAUCAACCGAAAACGUACGGUCACUUUUCACGUUUUAUCUUUCUUUUCAUAUAUCUUGUUGUCACUUGCCUUUUUUCAAUCUUUAUUGAGGAAAUGAUGUUUUGCGUAUUUACUAAUUUUGUAUGAUCUCUAGUCAAUAAAUUAAUUGCUUAAUAUUUUUCAAUUUCUUGUUAGAAAUUUAAAACACUGCAUUCAAUUUUUGGUUUGGAUUUAUUCUGGUUUUGAGAUUUUAGAGUUAGAUAAUUAAGACAGAAGACAUUUCCAAUGAUUGUCAUAAAAUUUUAAUGAGUUUGAGUUUUGCUUUAAUGGUUGUUUUUAUUUCUUCUUUAAAAUAAAAAAUUCAAAUAUAUUUUAUUGUUAAUACUUAUUAAUCUUUUCGUUUCGUUCUAAAUAUCGUUUCAGAUUUGUGCACUUAGAUUAAAGAAACAAUUAAUUUUGUAUAUUUUCUAUCUAAAAACAAAAUUACCUAUACACCUAACUAUAUUUCAACCAAUAAAACAAAUUGUUGAAUAAAAUUAAUAAAUUUUGCAUUGAAAGUCGCAAACGAUACUUAUUUUAUAACCAAAAAAAUUAUUUAACUAAAUCUUUAAUUUAUAUAUAAAUUUAGUUUCUCAAAAGUAGACAAUGAUUUAUGAAUUUAUAAUUGUAUUAAUGAAAAUAUUAUUAAUUUCAAUAAAGUAUAAAAUACAAAUAUUUAAGCUUUUAGAUAUAAAAUAAAAUUAUAUAAGAAUUUAAGAAUUAAUUUUAAAAAUGAGGUUGUGAAUAAUAUUAUCCCAAAUUCGAGAAGAUAUUAUUCAUAUCCUUAUACUACCUCCGUUCCUGAAAGUAAGAUGUUUUAGAUUUUUUUCUUGUUCCACAAAGAUAGAUUUUCUAUAUUGUUAAGGUACUUUUUUAUACUUUUGAGGAACAUUAAUUGAGAAUAUUUGAAUUGAUUAAAUUUCAUUGGUGGAAAGUUAUUGGAAAGUGUAUAAUAAAGUAAAAAAUAAAUUAAAUUA